CCACUGACCUUUUGGUUUGACAUAAAGUCCAGUUUCCCAAAUGAAAUGGAAUUGUUUAUCCACCACAUUCUGACUCUUACACUAACUUUGUUGCUCUUUAUAUCACCUCACUAGACAUCACAAAGAUUUUUGGAUUUAAAGUGUUUCUGCCAAAAAGCUUUCCAGCUGCUGUGUUUUUCCACAGGUCACAAAGGUAUUACAUCACAUUAACAUGCUUGUAGUGAUGGUCCUGUCCUGACUUUAAUUAUGAUGUUUAAGAACAACACCAUCAUAGUGAUUUCAAAUAAGCCUCACGUUUCAAAUUCCUGGUUAGUACUUCAUGUACUUCGUAUUCAAGCUAAACUGAAUUUGUCUCAUCUGCCUCACUUUUCUUUCUGCUUUUUGCCUUCAGGUUCCCAUUCAAGAGAUCACAAUGAUUCAAAUUCAUGCAAACCUCAGACAUGCCACCUUUACACCAUGGAAACCACAGCUAAGAGAAGGAUUAAGUCUCUUUUAAGUCUGACCCCUCAACAUAUUUGGGCUUCACAAGCAUUUGAAGGACAUGGGAAUGAAAAACCGUGAAAAUAUCUGCUCUGUAUUCAUUCUGUGAAAAGAUGAACUAUAUCUGACUGACCAGCAGAUUAUAUAAACAUAAGCUACAUAAAUUCUUCUCCACUUAAAUCAGAAUUGUUACCACUAAAGCCCUGGAAGUUGUUUGACUUGUUGACAACCUUGCUAAUGUAUUUUUCUCUCCUUAGCUUAUGUGAAGCUGUGCAAACUUAGAACCCCGCAAGACUGGAAAGAGAGGGAGGAGAGGAAAAAGAGUGUGUGUAUGGAAAUGGAAAUGGGCAGCAGGGAGGAGGAAUGUAAAACAUUUGAUACUAGUCCAGUGGCUGUUUACACAGUAGUCAGCCCGUGACAUCAGCGUCCAGACUUUAUAAAUGUCAGGCGGCGCAAGAAGGAGCAGUUAGCAAACAGCUGCACUGGUCACACCACACCGUCACACAGUUCACUGAGACAGACCGAGCUCCAUCAGCAACACAAGCCCCCAUGGACCGACAACUGUGUGACUGUGUGAUUGCUUUGGCUGUACUGCUGUGUGUGACUACACAGGUGCUGUGCCAGUUGUGUGACAGGCCAUGCCUUUGCCCCAAUCCUGUCCCUCAGUGCCCCACAGGAGUACCCCUGGUGCUGGAUGGCUGCCGGUGUUGCCAGGUGUGUGCCCGGCAACUAGGCGAGUCCUGUACUGAGAUGUUUCCCUGUGACAACCUGCGAGGGCUUCAGUGCGACUACAGCGCCAGCUUCCCUGGGUUACCUGGGGAGUGUGUCAGUCAGAAGGAUCUGGGCUGUGAGGUCAAUGGGAUCUUUUACCAGGAGGGGCAGUCGUUCCAGCCCUCCUGUGACACUUACUGCCGCUGCAGGGGGGGCGGGGUGACCUGCGUGCCAGUUUGUCCACUGAAUGCUCGUCUCCCCACUCCAGACUGUCCCAACCCACAACACAUCCGACUACCUGGGAAAUGCUGCAAGGAAUGGGUGUGUGAAAACCUUGAAAACACGGUCAUUCAGGAUGCAAUUACAGCAAUGAAACUGGAUCAGUUAUGGCCAUCUUUGCAGAGGCUUCACCUUCAAAACAACAAGUUUUCACCUGCCCCCUCUUGUGUAGAGCAGAGCACCCAGUGGAGUGCCUGUUCCCAGAGCUGUGGGGCGGGGGUCUCCACACGGGUUUCUAACCAGAAUCCUGCAUGCAGACUGCAAAUAGAAACUCGCCUGUGUAAGGUGCGACCUUGCCACACUUUCCAGCCGGCCCCAAGGAAGCCCAUGGUGAGCGCUAACAAAACCCACAUCCUGUAA